AUGCCAAAGCGCGACCGCCAGCCCGAGCACUGGGGCUCGCUCGUCCCGCACAACUCCAUGCACGGCCGCCGUCCCGUGCCGCUCUCCCGCCCGACAGUCGUCAUUGGCAAAGGAGGCGACGUGCGAGCGCCAUCCAACCCGCAUCUUUCGAGGCACCACAUCCGGCUCGAGCGAGAGGGCGACGGCAGCGUGUACGCGACGCACCUCUCCGCGCUGAAUUCGACAUGGCUAAACGGCAAACGCCUCGAGCACGACCGGCGGACGCUCGUCGAGCCGUGCGCAGGCAACGCGCCGUACAGCCUCACAGGCGAGGCGCCCGACGCGCCGCUCCUCUUCGUGAGCGUGCCGAACGCUGCCAGUGCACGCGCGGCCGCGAGGAGAGGAAGCUCAACGGCUGGUGCGGCUGGUCGCUGCGCCUUGAGCGAGCGGGCGACUGCGUUGCCGCUCCUGCCGGAGCCUCCGCUGCGCCUUCCGCAGAGCCGCAGCGAGGCGGAGCGCUUGUGCUCUGAGACCAUCUUCCGCGGCGUGCGGCUGCUGCUGGCGGCGCGGCUCGGCGACAAGCUGCGCGAGCUGCAGGAGGAGGUGGUGCGGCGCGGCGGCGGAGAGGUCGUAAGCGACGUGCGCGAGGCGACGCACUUGGCGCUCGAGUCGGACCGCCGCCCCUCCGAGCUGGCGUGCCUGGCCGCGCUGCCGGAGGCCGAGUGGCCGCGCCUCGUGACGAAGGAGUGGGUCGGGCAGUGCUCCAAGGUCCUCUCCGCCGACGGGUCGCGGACCGACGUGCUGCGCAAGAACUUGCACCCCAGCGCGGUGGCUGCGGCGCGCGAGCCCGCCUCGCCCGAGGCGUCUCUCAAGCGCGCAAAGGAGGAGGCGAGGGCCAAGGCCAAGAAGGGCAAGGCAGCGCGGACGCACCAGCACCAGCAGAGUUGGGGCCCACGCGAGAUUAAUGCGUCAAAGCACCGCUGCCUGCUGGCAGAGACCUACGAGAAGGAGGAGGACGACGAGCGGCUCGCAGAGGAAGUGUGGAUAGCCACCGAGAAGUUCGACGGUGUGCGCAUGCGAUGGGAAGGUCACGAGCGUGGCUUCACCGGUCGCAACGGCCAGGGCCAUUUUCAGCCCCCGGACUCCUUCAAAGCGCUGCUGCCGGAGGAGCACCUCGACGGCGAGCUGUGGGCGGGCCGGUGCCGGUUCUCCGCGGUCGGGUCUCUGCAGGGCACCAAGGGGUUGGGGAGGCGUUUGCACGAGAUGGCCUGGCACAGCCUAACGUACGUCGUCUUUGACGCACCGCAAGUGGCCGGGCCCUACAUGCAGCGGCUGGAGGCGGCACGCCGCGCGCUCGCCGCCGUUGGGCCGCCGGACGGGCGCAUCAUCGUUGCGCCGGCAGUGCGAGUGGCGGACGCGACGGCCAAGGACGCGCUGCUGCAGCGCGUGAUUGCCAAACGCGGCGAGGGGCUCGUGCUGCGGCGCGACGAGGCCUGGUGGCGCCGCAACGUGCUCAAGGUAAAGCAGUGGCUCGACGCUGAGGCUGUGAUCGUGGGCCACAAAAACGCGCACACCACCGGCAACUUGCCGACCGUGCUGGUGCGCGCGCUCAACGCGCCGAACGCCAGCCCGUCCAUCGAGUUUGAGCUGAGCGUCGAGCGGCCGUCGCCCGAGGCUCUGAAGCAGCGGACGCUCCUCGAGGACCUGCAGCUGCGAUUUCCGGUGGACACAAUUGUCACAUUUGUGUACCGACAAAUCUCGAAGGGGAGUGGGGCGCCCACCAUCCCCGGAGGGGCGCCAAAGAUCAUGCGAGUCCACCCCUUUGACUGUGACUGUUGUGUCUGCCGUCCCGAGGGUGACGAUACUACGUGA